AUGUACUCUCUCAUCCGUCGUUUACUCAAGACUACCAACCCACCCGUGGUGGAGAAGUCUGCCAACCCCCUGCGUUUUGGUGUCAUAGGCGCCUCGCAGAUUGCUCCCCAUCAGAUUAUAAGGCCGGCAAGAUGCCACGAAGAUGCAGUCGUCUUGGCCGUCGCGGCUCGAAGCAAGGAGCGCGCUCUGGAAUACAGCCGCACUUGGAACAUUCCGAAGGUAUACGGUGGACCGAACGGGUACCAAGAAUUAUUAGAUGACGCAGAAAUCGAUGCUGUAUAUAUCGGCCUUCCAAAUUCCUUGCAUUACGAAUGGACGAUGAAGGCGAUAGCAGCUGGCAAACACGUGCUUUGCGACAAACCCAUCGCUAGCAACGAGACUGAAACACGAAAGGUGUUUGCCUUAGCUGAGGAGAAGAAUCUUGUGCUGUUGGAAGCUUGGCAACCUCGAUUCCAUCCAGCGCUUCAGCGAGUAAAAGAGAUAAUCGACGAAGGUUCUCUCGGAGAGAUCGUGAAGAUGUAUUCCCAUUUCGGUCUCUGGGGUAAUGUGCUGUUCAAGAAGGAUGAUAUUCGAUUUGACUACAAACUUGGCGGUGGCGUACUUAUGGACAUGGGCCCAUAUCCGAUCAAUUCCAUGAUGUAUCUCGCGUCGUCUAAGCCUACGGUGCAGUCCGCCGAGGCAACCUGCAUGUCUGAGAAUGUCGACAAGAGGAUGGAGGCACAACUGCUCUUUGGCGACUCCUUACCUGCGACGAUCAUCGUCGACUUUUCGCCGGAAGGCUGGGGUCCAUUCAAGCUUUUCCCGCAGUUUGUCAAACUCACAUUGAGAGUCGAAUGCGAGAACGGUGCUAUCGAACUGUGGAACUACCCAUUGCCGCAUCUGUUUCAUUCCAUCACUGUCAUCCCGAAGAAUGGCAAAUCCCGGGUGGAGAAGGCGUACAAGCCUAAAGAAGGGAAGGGAGAGGAAUGGUGGUCCGCGUAUCGGUAUCAACUAGAGGCAUUCGUCGACACAGUACGUGGGCGCUCUCCUCAAGCCUGGAGGACAGCAGAGGAUUCGAUCAACGCUAUGCAUGUCAUUGACACCAUCUAUUCGAAGAGCGGCCUCUCAUUGCGACUAACUUCGCAGUACCAACCUGAAUGA